AUGUCCUCAUCUAGACGACUCUCGCGAAGUACGAACUCGGCUUGGCAGGAGAGUCAUCCGCAACAGGAGAAGAUAGAGUCAACGUUAGAGAGUUCUUUACAGCACUCAGAGAGGGAGACUUCACUUGUGCAGAUACCAAGCCAAGAGAUGGAGUCUCACCCGUAUACAAUGGAAGAGUAUGAUAUCCCCAUGGGGGUUUCUGUGCCACAAACAGAAGAAGAAAGAGAAAAGGAAAAAGAAGAACAGGCAGAGAAAUAUGAAUAUGAGGAAGUAUUUGCAGGUGAAGAAGAAAAAGAAGAAAAGAUAGAGACCUUGAUAGCUCAAAUAGGAAUAGACCAUGGGAAGAAGAAUGGUGAGAAGAGUACAGAAGACCUAGAUGGCAAUAGUCUUCAAUGUGGAAAUUUUGAUCCUAAUGACAGAGGUGAGAAGGAUCUUGGUGAUAUUACUAUGGAUGUAGAGCAAUAUGUGCGCAUCUUGGGAGGAAAUGUGAACCACGCUAAAGAUGCAGUUGAGAAAAAGAAGAUGGAUAAUAAUAAUAAUAAUAAUAAUAAUAAUAACAGUAAGAGCAAAACGAACAACAAUUACAGUGUGGAUCAUAAUAAUAAUAAUAAUUAUGAUGAUAAGGAUGAUCAUGAUGAUGAUAUGCAGCGUUCUUCUUCUCCGUUUCUCCUCUUAGACUACGUGGAACGUGGUGGAAAGCUUGUGGAGAAGGAAUCCGUGGAUUUUGACACGAUGGGACUUGAGAUGAAAGUAAAGCGAUUUAAGGAGAAACUCGCGGUACUGCAGGCGCGUGAGGAAGAACGACAACAGAGAGUAUAUAAGGCAUGGAUGAAGAAAAUGAAUGGAAUGGUAAAGGAAACUACAGAAUCACAGACAAAGGAAAAGGACUCAGAAAAGAACAAGAAGAAGAAGGAAAAGAAAAAGAAAGAUAAAAAGGGAUCUUCCCAGUCACACAGCAAGAGAAGAGAGAGAAAACAAUCGAAUGGGGUUAUUACAACGAGUACCACCAUAACAACAACAACAACAACAGUAAGUAAGAGUGAUAAUAAUAAUAAUAAUAAUAAUAAUAAUGUCCAUAUGGCUCCUGCAGCCCCAGAAGAAGAAACCUUCAGUUGUCAAAGUAGUGUACUGCAGUCAUCACGAUGGAAGGAACACACACAAGAAGGAGGAGAUAUGAUCACAUGUUUAGCCGUUGAAGAUGAUGAGGAACAUCUCACGAUAAAUGGAAGUGUGAGAAAACAGCAAACGGGUAGUGGUAGUGUAUUAAUGACAGAAGAAGGAUCUAGUCUUCUUGGUAGUGAAAAGGGCCAACACCGCGGUUCGCUCUGUACAGUGGCCUCCUACACGGCGAAGAGUUAUUCACCGAUUGAAGAGCGAGAAAGAGAUGAGAUGGAUCGGCAAUUCACAGCAGAGGCCGUUGCUUCUGGGAAUGGUCCAAAUGUAGUCAGUCAAUCAUAUGGAGUAGAGACACAUGCGGAUGACAGAUUUUUGGAGGAACCAAAUGAUGGUAGUGAUAAGGAUAUUGAGCAUAAAAAUGAUGAUGAUGAUGAUCUUAUUGAUAUGGAUAAUAUUCAUAAUAAUAAUAAUAAUGAUAAAGAUAAUGAUGAUAAUGAUGUUGGUAGUGGAGUUGCCUAUCCUUGUUCUCCAACGCUGGUAACGGUGCCGAUAGAUGGUGUGAGUACGUUAGAAUUGGUGAUGGGAAAGAAACACGAAGCGGCUCGACGUGCUUUUCGCAAGGCGGAAUCGGCGUUAAUCCGUCGAAUACAACGAGCGGAGUUGGAAUUAAUGCUCCAACGCCGUAAACAACAAUGCGGUGGAUUAUGUGAUUGGCAGAGUAGCGAUGCGGUCACUCACUGUUCUCAUUGCCAAAAAGCAUUCGGCAUUACAGUACGUAAACACCAUUGUCGACGAUGUGGACGUGUGUUGUGUAAUGAUUGCUGUUCACAUAUAGGUGGAGAUUUAUAUUACGCGAGCACACCAAGAAGAGACAGCUGUAGUAGAAGUAGUAGUACGGAUAGUCAUUUGAGUGUUAGUACGGAUGCCAGCAGCAGCAACAACAGUAUUGGUAUUAGUAAUAAUAAUAAUAAUAAUAAUAAUAAUAAUAAUAAUGGUCAUCAUCAUCAUCAUCAUGGCAAGAGUAAGAAGAAGAAGAAUAGUGAAAAGAAUGAUAACAGUAAUAAUAAUAAUAAUAAUAAUAAUAAUAAUAAUAAUAAUAAUAACGAUAUAAGUCUUUCACGUCGUAUAAAUCCAUGGUUAUUUGAUACAUGUGAACUCACAGAUGAAACGUAUAAUAAAGGCGUUGCCAAAUUCUCUUUCCACGUGGGAACAAUAGAGCCAACGCCUAUGCAAACACCAGGCACAACAUCUCUUCCAACAACAACCACAACAACAAACAACAACAAUAACAACAACACUUCCACCGCAGCCACACCAGCAGGAGGAUUGAUAUUACCAACAGUUGUUGUUAAUAAUAAUAAUAAUAAUAAUAAUAAUAAUAAUAAUAAUAAUAAUAAUAAUAAUAAUAAAGGGAAAGAACAACACCCAUCACGUUGGGGACGUGGUGGAUUGAAGGUACGCACAACACCGUGGUAUCGUAUCUGCAAACGUUGUCAUCAUGUCUGUUUACGUGCGAGAGAAGAGAAGGAUUACAGUGAGUUUUUAUUUGAUGGCCGUCGUCGUUAUCAUGCCCUGCGAGAAGAUGAGCGUCGAUUGUUAAAUUUCAAUACUUCAUGGGAGGCACGAUGUGCGCAAUUGAAUGUUGGUGUACACUCUGUGAUGGAGUGGACGACGAGCAGUGCGAGAGAUGGGAUUAAGUCUAUGCUGGAAUGGGUUUGCAAUGCUAAUCAACGAGUGAUGGAUAGUUACGAUCAUUAUGAAAAUAAUAAUAAUAAUAAUAAU